CCCAAAAAGCAAAGCGAUGAGCAGCGGAGACUUCCAAAAAAAAAAAAAAAAAACUGAAGUCGCCAUCCGCCAUCUUGAUCCUCCCAAAACAAGCGUGCCGACCUGUGCGUUCAUCGCCAGUUUCGUGGCUGUGAGAAAACAUUCCGCAGGAAAAGCAGAAUCGGUCGCAUCCUUCGGGCCGAGGCCUCCACAAUGGUCAACGUGAACGCGCAGGCGGCGGGAUCAAGUGCGGGGCGGCCGUUUGACUCCUCGCCGGCUGAGAGCACCAACAUGAGCGCCGCCGGCCACCUGACGGCGGGCAGCCUCUGCGCCAUCUGCGGGGACAGAGCCACGGGCAAGCACUACGGCGCGUCCAGCUGCGACGGCUGCAAAGGCUUCUUUCGGCGGAGCGUCCGCAAAAAUCACAUGUACUCCUGCAGGUUCAACAGACAAUGCAUCGUGGACAAAGACAAGAGAAAUCAAUGCAGAUACUGCAGGCUGAAGAAGUGCUUCAGGGCCGGCAUGAAAAAAGAAGCCGUGCAGAAUGAAAGAGACAGAAUCAGCACCAGAAGAUCCAGCUACGAAGACAGCAGUUUACCCUCCAUCAAUGCGCUCAUCCAAGCGGAUGUGCUGUCAAGACAGAUCACCUCCCCCGCCCCCAUUCUGAACGGCGACGUCCGCACCAAAAAGAUCGCCAACAUCACGGACGUGUGCGAGUCCAUGAAACAGCAGCUGCUGGUGCUGGUGGAGUGGGCCAAGUACAUCCCGGCCUUCUGUGACCUGCCCCUGGAUGACCAGGUGGCACUGCUUCGAGCUCACGCCGGAGAACAUCUGUUGCUGGGUGCCGCAAAGCGGUCCAUGCUCUACAAAGAUAUCCUCUUAUUAGGAAACGAUCACAUCGUUCCCAGGAACUGCCCAGAGCUGGAAGUGGGCCGGGUGGCUGUGAGGAUUCUGGAUGAGCUGGUGCUUCCCUUCCAGGAGCUUCAAAUAGAUGACAACGAGUACGCCUGCUUGAAGGCCAUCGUCUUCUUUGAUCCAGACGCAAAAGGUCUGAGUGACCCCGGAAAGAUCAAACGGAUGCGAUACCAAGUUCAGGUCAGCCUGGAGGACUAUAUCAACGACCGGCAAUACGACUCCCGCGGGCGGUUCGGCGAGUUGCUCCUCCUGUUGCCGACCUUGCAGAGCAUCACCUGGCAGAUGAUUGAACAGAUCCAGUUCGUCAAACUUUUUGGCAUGGCCAAGAUUGAUAAUCUCCUGCAGGAGAUGCUACUCGGAGGCUCUGCCAAUGAAGCGCCACACGCACCUCAUUCUCUUCACCCUCACCUGGUUCAGGAGCACCUCAGCAGCAACGUCAUUGUGUCCAACAGCAUGCCGACGCCCAUCCACAAUGGACAAAUCUCCACUCCCGAAACCCCGAUACCGUCUCCGCCCACGGCAUCCAGCUCGGAACAUUAUAAAAUUGCUCAAGGGGUCAUCGCCACCGUCCCCAAGCAGCCAACCUCCGUCGCUCAGACAACCAUCACCAAGCAAGAGGCCAUCUAAUCCGAAUCAGAAUCGUCCGUAUUUCGCCAAGUAUGUCAAAAACGCACGAGGAAUUUGUCUCCGGGAGUCGGAGCCGCUCUGGUACCUCGGAGUCCUCGUGUGACCGGUUGGGGUCUUUUUCUUCAAAAUUCUCAAAAUAAAUAUCUUUCAAGUUGUCAAGGUGACUGAAACAGAAAAUAGCAAAAUGCCUUGAAAGUAAUUUCAUGAUUCUCUUUUGAGUCGACUACUUUCAAGGUCGACUCCAGAGCUAAUGUAUUUUAUUUGUCUAUCGUACAAAUGUAGCUAAAAUUCCAUUUUUCUUUUUUUUUGAAAUAUAUUUAAAAAAUUCUCAACACAACAAAAAUGAAAUGAAUCCGAGUCAAAGUCAGCCUCGAGAUUUUGUUCGAAAUGGCACUUAGAUUCGGGAAGUUCCAUUACUCCCCGGAAUGUGACGUCACGCCUAGACAACAUUUAGCCAGAGAGUGAAAAAGCUAGCAAAGAUGGUGAGGAAGCGUUUUUGUCUACGGUUGUUGUGCGCUACAUGAAUGGCCGAAACAUGAACGGAUGGGCAGGUUAUGGACCGGGUUUGAGAAGACAAAGUGGGCGCAUUAGACUUACAAAUCCAAGUGGACAGUAAUAUGUUCCAAGCGAUUCACGGAGGACUGCUUUGAAAACCCGGUACAGCGUUCACUCGGCUUCGGUAGCAAGUAAGUACGUACGUGUUCAAUUGUUUAGUAUCGACCUCGUUUUAAAUGUAAGUACAAUAGCGAUACAGAUAUAGAUGUCAGCUAAUAUCUGUAUCCAUGCGAUGUUUAGGAGGUGACGAAAUUUGGACGCUGUAUAAAGUUGACGCUGAGGUCUUGCUGAAAUUGUCUACGGCGGUGUGUGCUCUAAAGUGUUCGCUGCAUUAUGUUAAAUUCGGGAUAAAUCUUACCGAUGGUUUCGAUUUUUCUUCUAAGCUGACUCAGUCACUAGUACAACAACAACAAAAAACGACUCACUGUUGAGCGCGAGCAGCAUCAGACGACGUUUAAACGUGUUUGUAUGAGAUCAUUUCGUCAACAAGGUGUACGUAGGUUUCUUGCGGCACCUGCUAGUCUGCGUUCUGGGUGUGAAGUUCCGCGUCAACUUGGUCAGGUCUCGCCGAAUCCCGUCCUUGUGUUGCGUUCGGCAACUCCGAUUCGAACAUAUCGAGUUGAAUUAUUGAAUUGAAUUGAAUUCCUCCUCUUCCACGGAUCAUUUCAUAAAAACUCCCACUCGCAGCAUCUGUAAUUGUCUAUGUCGGAAGCCAUUUUCUUUACUGGGGUUGAGAAUUUUUUCAAAUGUUUUUUAAUGAAAAAUUAGCUACGUUUGUGUGAUGUAUAAAUAAAAUAUAGAUCCUCUGGAUUCAACCUUUAACUCGGGGGGCGGGGGGGGGGGUCUGUUGUUGUAUAUGAUCGGCAUUUCGAAUGUUUUCGUGUAAAUAUUUUAGUUGCGUGGCCGACGUGGCUUUCUUUUCGAUGUCCUCGGCGUGCGUGUCGCAAAAAGCUCAUGGUCGACUCGGCAACGGGACCAUGUCAGUAUUUUACGAAUGUUACAGGGCUUUGCAUUCUAUUUAGUGUUUUGUUCUUUUUUUUUUUUUUUUAAUAUUUGGAGUUCAUCUGUGAUUAAAAAAAAAAAUGCUGGUAAGUCACAAAUGCAUUACAUUCAUGCUAAAGAAAAAGAAAAAAAAAAAAACCCAACGUGUGAGACAUUGCUUAUCUUGCUGACCGGACUAAAAACUACUAGAAAGAAGUCAAGUGUUCAAACUAUUUUUUCAUAAGCAGCCGCAGGAAGUAGGUUCUUCAGUUGUAUUUCAAACGUGUAUAUUUUAUGUUUAGGACUUUCAUGUCACGUCUGAACAGCUAAUGAAGUGUGCCUUGUGACCUGUACUGCCUUAAAAGCAGCCGACGCGUUGCCGUA